AUGGCCUCAGCUGCGCUCUAUUCGGCCGAUGUAGGCACGAAGAAGGCGUUUGUAUCUUUUCCAGGAGCCGACUAUACCCAGACUUCAGCGGUGCGAGCUACCGAAAAAGUGCUUGCCCGACAUGGCUGGCAAAUCGAAGUCGGCGACGGCAUUGGAGGGUGCGUAGGCGAACGUGAUGCCGAUGAUGCUCAAGGAGCGCCUGUCGCUCCACCGGGCAAGGAUCUCUACUUGGCCGACUACGAUCUGCUUCCAUUCGAGGAGCUGCUUCCUAGUUCUUGCUCGUCUACCAAGGGCAAGCAGCCUCAGUGCUCCAGCUACGUCAUCAGGAAAGCGUUGAUCCGCAAGCACUACCUUGCAUCGGCACUCAAUACAUAUGCCGUCAAGCUUCCGCCCGGUCCCGCAGCCAAGCGUUUUCGCACAUGUACACCGAAGACAUGGCACCUCGAGAUCCAAUUCGCAGACGAGCUGGACGAGCUUCUGAUGGACGAUCUAUACGACCUAGCCGAGCUCCUCGAGACCAAUCAUAGCUGUAUCGAUCAAGGCAGAGGAGACGAUGUGCGAUGGUUCAUCCUCAAGCCGGGCAUGGCAGACCGAGGGAAUGGCAUUCGCAUCUUCAGCACGCUAGAGCAAUUGCAGACCAUCUUUGAGGAGUUUCAGCCCGAAUCUGAUGAUGAGGACGAAGAGGAGGACGACGACGGCGACGAAGAGGGCGAGAAAAGGGCUGGCACGAGCAGCAGUUUUGACCAGGAUGGAUCUGGGUAUGCUGGCAAAGACACUUCGGUGAUGGCAAGCCAGUUGCGACACUUUGUGAUACAAGAAUACAUUCGAUCUCCACUUUUAGUUGAUCCCGUCAGCUCUGUCGACAGCAACUUACAAGCUGCGCAAGCGUCAGAAAAGCUCAACAUUGGCGAUAGGAGAGGAUCAAACACCCGCAAAUUCCAUCUUCGUGCAUAUGUGCUGUGCGUCGCGGGGUUGGCUGUAUACCUGCAUGACGACAUGCUUGCGCUCUUUGCUCCCCUAGCAUACCGAGAGCCAAGCGAAGCUACAGUGGACGAGCUUGAAUGCCACUUGACCAACACGUGCUUGCAAGAGGAUGGAAGGCUCGCAGUAGGCAACGAUGCUCGACCGAAGGAAGAGAACGUCUUUCUCUGGUCAGACCUAGGAGGGUCGUCAUUCAGAGAUCCAGGUGCGAAGGCCUCAGACUCGCCUGCCCAAACACUAUCCCCGGAGAUGAUGGAAGAUGUGCGCUGCAAAGCUGCAGAAGUGAUUGGUGCCUCGUUUGAAGCUGCUGCUAAAGCUGGAAGCAUUCAUUGGCAAAUGUGGCCGAAUGCAUUCGAGGUCUUUGGUGUCGAUCUUAUGGUUGGAUACGACGACGAGACAGAUGCAAAAGGGCGCCAACUCAAGGUGUGGCUACUCGAAGUUAAUGCGCAACCAGACUUUGCUCAAACCGGUGCUAGACUGAGCUCUGUCAUCGAGCGGCUGUUCGAGCGCGUUUGCGAGAUUGCGGUUCUUCCAUAUCACAGCGAGUCCCGUACGGCGGAAGGGCUGGAUGCUUGGAAUGUAGGCGAGUCAAGACUUGGUACAACGCUGUGCUUCCGGGAGGAUCUAGGUAGAGGCUUCUGA